UGCUUCAAAAGCUUAUAAGGUUGUGCUGUGCCGCCCCCCUGCGGACAGUGUUUGUAAUCGCAGCUGUUUCCACAGCAACCGCUGAUAACACUGAGCACACAUUUCCAGGUUUUGGCUUCGCGGUGAGUCCUUCUUAAAACAUUUAGAGACAUUAUGGCAGAAAAGGACGUUGAGACGAAGCUGGACACGAGUGUUCUUAAUGCAGAACAGCAAGAAAAACUUCGACAGUUUAAGAUCAAGACGAGAAUCGACAACGAGAAAUAUAUGCGAGCGCAUCCUGAAGUAGAAGUUUUGGUUGGAGACUUUCUAAGGUCUGUUUUUGUUUUAUUUAAGGUCCUGAUGCAAUUUUACUAUUGAAAAAAUUAAAACUGU